AUGUUUUUUCUUCAGCAGUGGUUUUUGAGCCUCUGUAGCAAUCUUGGACAGGACCGUCCUUUUGCUUCUGGGAUCGGAGAUUGUGAACAUUUUGCACGUAUUCUGCGAUUGGCAGAAGGCUGGGGACUACGAGACGUUGGCGAGCUACAGGAACGGCUCAUGGCCAAAAGGAGCCGUGUGAGGGGCGCUGGCACUUUGCCCGAGGCCCUGUAA